ACUGUCACACGUGUUUUUGUUUUUCUUUCUUCAUGCAAAAACAAAUCUCGAAUUUGCAUUACGUUCGAAGAUUUUUCUUUAAAUUUUGUUGAUUUCAGUUUAUUAUUAAAAACAAUCAGAAUGGCAAGAAGACCAGAGCAUUCAGCUCCACCAGAAAUCUAUUACAACGAAGAUGAGGCGAAAAAAUACUCCAACAACUCCCGAAUUAUAGAGAUCCAAGUGGAAAUGGCUGAACGCGCUGUGGAAUUGCUUAUGCUGCCUGAAGAAGAGACUUGCCUUGUUCUUGAUAUUGGAUGCGGUUCCGGUUUGUCUGGAAGUGUUCUGGAAGACAACGACCACAUGUGGGUUGGGAUGGACAUAUCAGAUGCAAUGUUAAAAAUAGCCGUGGAACGUGAAGUAGAAGGUGACUUAAUCCUUACAGAUAUGGGCCAAGGGGUCCCGUUUAAACCAGGUACUUUCGAUGGGGCAAUAUCAAUAUCCGCCCUUCAAUGGCUCUGCAAUGCUGACAAAACAUCUCACAAGCCCCACAAAAGACUCUAUAAGUUCUUUUCCACUCUAUUUUCUGCUUUGACGAGAACUGCCAGAGCUGUAUUUCAGUUUUACCCAGAGAACGCCGCUCAAAUUGAAAUGGUUACGGAACAAGCUAUGAAAGCGGGUUUCUUUGGAGGUCUUGUUGUUGACUAUCCCAAUUCGACCAAGGCAAAAAAAUAUUUCCUAGUUCUUAUGACUGGCGGGGUUGGACCAAUGCCAAAAGCCUUAGGAACCGAGGAAGACGAGAAGCGUAUAGCUUAUACCAAAAAGCGUGAGAUGACACGAGAUAUUCGUGGAAAACCUCCAAAGAAAUCCAGAGACUGGAUUCUGGCAAAGAAAGAACGCCAACGAAGACAAGGUCGUGAUACUCGACCAGAUACUAAAUACACAGGUCGCAAGAGGAGUGGAAGAUUCUGAAGGCAUGGUCACUCAUGAAUAUCGUUUUAUUUUACAUAUUACUCUAAGUCUUCACAAUUUUGCUAAGGUUUUUCUAUAGAAUCGGGAUUGUUCAAUCGUCCUUUUUAUUUCUCCUAGGUUUAUCGUAGGAUGCUUCCAUGUUACCAACAAUAAAGAAUAGAAUUACACCAACAACAACACCAUAUAUAA